GAUGAAUUGUCAGAUUGUCAUGAUUCAGAUGAUGAUUGGUAUAAUGAUGAAUUUGAAAAUCUAAAACAAAUUUCACAGACUGUUUUUAAUGUUAUAAUUAAAAAUGCAAAAUUGCCAAUAUCAUUUACAAAUAAACGUCUAUUGGUUUAUAUUAGAAAUUCAGAAAGAACACAAAGACGUAAAAAAUUAGCUGCUAAAACUGCAACAGCUGAACAAGAAGGUUUUAAAUUAGCAUUGGAGGAUUUAAAGAAACUAAUUGCUAACAAAUCUUUAAUUUUACAAGUCAAAACACAAUUACAGCUUAUAAUGCAAUAUAUUAAUUUGCGGUUAAGUGGUCUUAAACGUAUGAAUGCAAGCAAAACCCUUGCAAUUAGCAUUAAAAAGGGAGAUAAUCAAGCAUGA